GUUCUCGCCCUUGUGGUCACAAUCAUCGCCAUGGAGGGCAAAGGAUCACAUGCUGAUGAGAAGAAGGACAAGGAGAAGGACAAGGAAAAGGAGAAGUGUGGUCCAAACGAGAGCUAUUCUACAUGUUUCAAUGGUUGUGAGCCUACAUGUAGUACACCUGAUAAGGCGUGCACUGCCGAUUGCGGAACUGGAGGUUGCGCCUGUGAUGAAGGAUUCAUUCGCAAGGAUGGCGGCGGUUGUGUGAAGAAAGAUCAGUGUUGA